CGUGUGGGGCUGGGGAGCUCUCAGAGCCCCGUUCUGGGCUUCAGCCCUGCCCAGAGGCUUUUCUUCCCUGGGGCAAGAAGUGAAAGCAGAAGCCGUUUUCUCACAAUGAAACAUGAAGGUCAUCACGUGUGAAAUAGUGUGGCAUAACAAGGAGCCGGUUUACAGCUUGGACUUCCAGCAUGGGGCAGAUGGGAGGAUCAAUCGCCUGGCCUCGGCAGGGGUGGACACAGCCGUGAGGAUCUGGAAAGUGGAGAAAGGCCCGGAUGGAAAAGCCAUCGUGGAGUUCCUGUCCAACCUGGCGCGCCACACCAAAGCCGUGAACGUCGUGCGCUUCUCCCCCAGCGGGGACGUGCUGGCCUCGGGAGGGGAUGAUGCUGUCAUUUUGCUGUGGAAGCUGAAUGACAGCAAAGAGCUGGAGCCGUUGGUUUUUCAGGAUGAAGAUGAAGCUCAGCUCAACAAGGAGAACUGGGCAGUCAUUAAAACUUUGAGAGGCCACUUGGAAGAUGUGUAUGAUAUCUGUUGGACCUCAGAUGGAAAUUACAUGGCAUCUGCUUCUGUGGAUAACACAGCAAUCAUGUGGGAUGUCAAUAAAGGACAGAAAGUUUCAAUAUUUAAUGAGCACAAGAGUUAUGUCCAAGGAGUAACCUGGGAUCCUCUAGGCCAGUAUAUUGCAACCCUGAGUUGUGACAGGGUCCUGCGAGUUUACAGCACCCAAACCAAGCGAGUGGCCUUCAAUGUCACCAAGAUGCCAUCGGGGUCGGGAGCUGAAGGAGAGGUGAGGAGCUUUCGGAUGUUUCACGAUGACAGCAUGAAGUCGUUCUUCCGCAGGCUCAGCUUCACUCCUGAUGGCUCCUAUCUGCUCACUCCAGCUGGCUGUGUGGAAUCAGGAGAGAACGUUACCAACACCACCUAUGUUUUCUCCAGAAACAAUCUCAAAAGGCCCGUGGGGCACCUGCCCUGCCCUGGCAAGGGCACCCUGGCUGUUCGCUGCUGCCCGGUGUACUUUGAGCUGAGAGGAGCCUCUGCUAAAGAUGAAAUCAGUCCCAAAUCCCCCCCUGCCCUGUUUAACCUCCCCUAUCGAUUGGUGUUUGCUGUUGCUUCAGAAGAUUCUGUGCUUUUUUAUGACACUGAGCAGUCCUUCCCCUUUGGUUACGUCUCCAACAUCCAUUACCACACCCUGAGUGACAUUUCUUGGUCCAGUGAUGGAUCCUUCCUGGCCAUUUCCUCCACGGAUGGGUACUGCUCCUUCGUCACCUUUGAGGAGGAUGAGCUGGGAGUGCCCCUGAAGGAAAAGCCUCAAAUCCACCUCAGGACUCCUGGAGCAGCAGCAGACAAGAAAGCCAAGAAGAGCCAAUCCCACAAAGUGAUUUCCCCAAGCUCCAAGCUGGCAGAGGGGACCCCUCCGAGCAAGGAUCCCCCACUGCAACCCCAAACCCCCGGCACUGCUGGGAAGGAGCUGCCUUCCACCCCUGUGGGCAUCAAAAGCUCUCCAGUGCCAUCCCCUUCCACCCCUGUGGGCAUCAAAACAGCUCCAGUGCCAUCCCCUUCCACCCCUGUGGGCAUCAAAAGCUCUCCAGUGCCAUCCCCUUCCACCCCUGUGGGCAUCAAAACCUCUCCAGUGCCAUCCUCAGAGGAGAGGAGAAGCAGCCAGACAGGCACCCAGAGCAGCAGAACUCCCCAGCCCAGGAGAGUCACCCUCACCACUCUGCAGUCCUGUUUCAAAACACCCAGGAGAAUAAAUUUGAUUUCCUUGAAGCCAGACACCCCAACCUCUGCAUAUCCAGACCCAGCCCCCACCCCUCCUUCCUCACAACAGGAGCAUGAGAAUCCAUUGCCAUCUGAUGAGAGCCUCCAAGCUCCCCCAGCACCAAAACGUGCCAGGACUGAGGAAUUGUCCCUUCCUGGAGACCAAACCAGCUGUGAGUCCAACAAAUAAAGGCUGGGCAGACCCCUCCCAGCCUGAAGUCACAGCAGCCACGUCUGAGUGCAUUUCUUUCUGCAAAAAUUCAAUCCUCAAUUCCCAGUCCAAGUUCCCUGUGCCUGUUUGAUGCAGAAAAUCAACAUUUCUGUGAAGAAACUGCCAGUAGAAGACCCAGGUUUCAGGAAUUUGGUUCUGCAGCAGGAGAAAUAGUUGGGAAGUGAUGUCAAGAAUAAAGAAAUCAGGGAAAUCUGGGGAUUAAAAAUCCAUCCAGUAAGCUGUGAGUCUCCAUCAGAGUCCCCAAAUCCAUGUUUAGAAAGCAUUACAUCUUCCAGUAACUGUCUGGCCAAAGGAAUUGAAUGCAUUCAUAAGAUUUGAUGUGGUUCAAGACCUGAAAAAAGAGGGAAUUGUGACAUUCCAGCAUUUUGGUUUAUUUCUGGUGUAAAAUGCUGCUCCCCUGUAGCUGUGGGGUGGAGCUGAUUCACUCUGAACGCAGCAGCAAAGCUCAGGACUGGGAUGUGGAAGCAGAAAUGGUAAGAUUGAACUGCAGAAAACAAGAAAGCAAAAGGAAGAAAUCCUCUGAAGAGCUGCUGGAAAAAAAAAUGAAACAGCAGAAAGUUCUUCUUGUUUAAUUUCUGGACUUAAAGAAAUAGAGGUGUGAGAUUUUCCUGAGACAAGGAUUUGAGUGUGUACAUUGAAAUUUCCCCUUUCCUUUUUCCCCAACUUAACUCCCUUAGCCAAUAAAACACAAUCCACUGGAUGGGAAA